AAUGCAAAGUCAUCGAGAAUUCUUGUGCUGCGUCUGCUGCGUUUUCGUGAUCGCUACAGCAGUCGGCGUCACCGUGCUCGUCACCCUGAGCGUCCUUCACCGGAAAGCUGAGUCAGGGCAUGCGAAGGCCCACGAAAGCAGAUCGAUCAAGGAGAACUUCACGGUAUCCACCAACCUGGGGUCCAUCGAAGGCGUGAUGCUCCAAGUGCUCGACAGGAGAGUGGUGGCCUUCUACGGUGUGCCAUACGCUCGGCCGCCCGUGGGACCUCACCGCUACAGCAUGCCCCAACGCCACGCUCCGUGGAAGGCUACAUACAAUGCCACCGAGAAGGAGGACGUGCGCUGCGCUCAGGUGGCUGGCGGCGAGUACUUCGAGCCACACUCAAACGCGUCUGCCGAGGAGGACUGCCUCAACAUGGACAUUUUCGUGCCCAGCAAAGCUUACGACCACACCUCUAAGUCCAUCGUUGUGGUGCUGCACGGUGGUGGCUUCCGCAAGGGGUCAAACUGUCAUCCUCUGUAUGAUGGCCGUUGGCUGGCGGCCUUUGGUGACGUGGUUGUCGCCGUGCCCAACUACCGCCUAGGACCGCUGGGAUUCCUAGGCGCCGGUGAGAGAAAGCCGGACGCGCCCGGAAACCAGGGACUCUGGGACCAGCUGCUCGCCAUGCAGUGGGUUCGCGCUAACGCGGCCUCCUUUGGCGCUAAUUCUCGCAAGAUUACACUACUGGGCGUAGACAGCGGCGCCAUCAGCGCAGGUCUGCACCUUCUGUCGCCGCUGAGUCGGCAGUUCUUCGAACGCGCAGUCCUCGCAGGUGGCAGUCCUUUCAUCAUGAGCCGCUACAGCGCUUUCGCCGAGUUGGACGAGCUGCAAGAGCUAGCGGCCACCGUGUGCGAUGAUCCAUCAGCGCUGCCACCAGCAAUGGUGGAGGAGGAAGAGCAGGCCCCGAAGAAGACGUCCAUGGCUUGCCUUCGCGCAGCCACCGCCGAACACAUCGUCGAAAACUUGGACGAAUUCAACGGCGUGAGUGCGCGGUCUUUCGGUCCCAUCUACGGCGCGAAUGACAGCGCCGAGGACGACUUCUUCCUACCGACAGCCGCGGGAGACUCGUACCUUCUUCCAGACGAAGAAGGAGUCGGUGGGAUUUUUGGCGGCAAAGCGUUGGUCAUCGGCUAUACUUCCAACGAAGGCGAGUAUUUCCUGCGCCAGUUCGUCGAUCGGUGGGACUUGGAGAGUGCGGAUAACCUGCCUAGACCUCUGGUGCGCCUGCUGCUCGACAGGCUGGUGCUCCACUUUUUCGGCGAAGACCAGCUGAGUAAUCUCAGAGCGCUAUACUUCGGUGAUUUGGUCUCGGACAACGACAGCUCGUCCUUCACGUCGGCCGCCGACGCCUACUUGCAGGCCGCGUCAUUUCUUGGCGACGUGCUCGUCAAGUGCCCAGCAAGAAUGAUGGCGGAACUUGCGUCUGCCGGUGGCGCGAACGUUUACCUCUACGAACUUGAUUACAACGUCAACUCGCUCGCUCUAGACGAGGGAGACCCGCUACGCGGUCGUUGGUCCGGCGCGCCCCACUACACCGACGCGCUCUUCAUGCUCGGCUUCUUUCUUGGUCGAGAUUUAGAUACUGGCAACCACGCCCUCGCAACUAGCCGCCGCAUGAUGGGCAAAGUGGGUGCUUUUGCCCGAACAGGGAUUCCCGACCGAACGCGCGAUGUGCCGUGGCCGCUGUACCGAAGGCACCGGCGUGAGAUGGCCUCCAUUUCGUUCAACCGACUUCGCAUCAACAGCCUGCCGGACGAUAAGCGCUGUCGCGGACUAGCGUGGAACUCACGCUGGAACAAAAUGCGCGUCACCACCUUCAUGUGA